GGUCGGCUUUAGACGACUUUCUUCACUGGAAACUAGACGCUCUCCGUAAGUACCUCUGCGAUCGAGGACUGUCUCAAAAUGGCAACAGAUCGGAAUUGGCUGCUUUAUGCUUUGCUGCACAUAAAUUGAAUUUGCCACUGAAAAAAGCAUCUAUUGAACUGUCGGCGGAAAAUAAGAUACAUUAUGAUAAACUGUUAUGUAUUGAUGGUGUUGUUCUACCGGACCCUUUGACCAUUUUUGACAAGUGGGUGGACGAGAAGUAGGGAAUGGUUUUAUGGCCUGCAGUAUUUAUCACAGAUAUAACAACCUUCCUGAUGACAAGUGAACAUGAAGAGCAAGCUCGGAUUCACCUAAAUCAAUAUAAGAUUGGAAAAGCGUAUGAGUAUUUUGCUUCCCAGUGGCUAAAAGAAGUUUUUUAUCAUCACAUAUCCCCACAAUCCACUGUAUGUUUUAUGAGGGCCAGAUGUGUUCCAUCUCGGCGAUUGAACUUGGAUCCCCAUACUGUGUGGGUUUGCUGUGUAAAGAAAACAGGAGAAAUACAAUCAGCCUACUGCUCCUGUACAGCUGGUCUUGGUCAGACAUGUAACCAUGUGGCAGGACUGCUCUUCCGCAUUGAGCAUGCAAAUACCACGGGACUGACAUCAUGCACCUCCAGUAAAUGUGUUUGGGUUACCCCUGGUAAGACCGCUCCACUUCCACCAAGCAAACUGAAGGACAUGGAUUUCAAGAAAUCGCAAUAUGGUAAAAAAAGGAGAGCUUCUAAUUGA